GAAAAGAAUAGGAAAAAUAUUGAAGUGCAAGUUUGGUAAAUAAACUCAAAACCAGGACUAUAAAAUUAAGGGGUUGGGUUUAGCUGUUUCAAAGCCUUUCACCGUUCACAAUAUCUCACUCUCUGUUUUUCAGUUUUGGACACAUUCUUCCAUUCUCAUUUCUCACUGAUUUCCUUAAAAAAGCAUUCUUUUCCCAAAUACCCAAAAUGGCGUCAUCUUCCCCAAUCUUCACCACCUUCCUCCUCCUCUUCUUCCUAGCCACCACCAUCUCCGCCGCCAAAGAAACCACCGCAUCUCCACCCACUGCCUCCGCCUCCCCAUCUCCAACCGCCUCCCCUGCUAAACCUUCCCCCAAAACACCAUCAACUCCUUCCACUCCCAUUUCCUCCCAUUCCCCACUUGACCCUAAACAAAUUAGAGCCCUCCAAUCCUUAGACAUUCCCACUUCCAGGGACCCUUGUUCGCCGGCCCACAAUUCCACCAUCAUUUGUGACGCUUCCAGCCCAUUUAGGCAUCUCCUUUCUCUCACACUUUCCAACUGCUCCGAGGAUGUUGCUCUGUCUCUUACUGCCCUCAAAUCCCUCUCCACUUUAACUUCUUUCCAGUUCAUUAACUGUCCCAUUUCCCCUAUCCGCUUCCCCUCCGAGCUCACCUCAAAUCUUCACACUUUCACUUGCAUAAACAGCCUCAAGAAGCUCACUAGUGUCUGGCUGAGUAAGCUGGAAAAUGUUACUGAUUUAACCGUUUCUGAUGUUCCUGUUAGUGCCAGUGGUCCGGGUAUCAUCCUUGACAGCUUGAAGAAACUUCGUUCUGUGACACUUUCGAAUACCAAUCUCACUGGGUUUCUCCCUAAACAUUGGCAUCCAAAUCUUACUUAUGUAGAUUUGUCUGGAAACCAUUUGAAAGGGAGGAUUCCUUCUUCUAUAAAUGUUAUGGAGAAUCUGUUGGUCCUCAAUUUGUCAUCUAAUUCUCUGGAAGGAGAAAUGCCCUCUUCCAUUGGUGACUUAACUUCACUGCAGAAUCUGUCAUUGUCUUCCAAUACGAUAUCAGGGUCGAUUCCAGAUUCAAUUGCGGCUAUGCCAGAUUUGGUUCAUCUUGAUCUGGGGUCUAAUAAGCUAAACGGGACGGUUCCAAAGUUCCUUGCUGAUAUGAAGAAGCUCAAGUACUUGAAUCUUGAGAAGAACAGUUUUCAUGGGAUUUUGCCUUUCAAUGCAUCAUUUCUGGCAAGAUUGGAGGUGUUCAAGCUUGGUGGCAAUGGCAAUCUGUGUUAUAACCAUUCAACUCUGGCUGUCAAAGUAAAGCUUGGGAUUGCUCCUUGUGAUAAACAUGGAUUGCCCAUGUCUCCUCCUCCAGCUAAGGAUACGUCUUCUGACAGCUCAAGUGAUGAUUACAGCGCUGAUGAUUACUCUGACAACAAUAAACAGGAGCAUCAUCAUGGGCCAAGUAAGGUUGUUCUUGGAAUUGCAAUUGCGCUGUCAUCCAUUGUGUUUUUAAUUAUUUUCUUGGUGCUUUUGUCAAGAUGCUGUAGAUGAAAAAUGAUCAAGUUAUGGAAAGGUUCUGGCUUUGGCCUAAUUUAGUAUAGGAGAAGGAAAUUGGUAGCUAGUUAGUGAUGAGAAUUGUCUAAAUUUGAAGUAUAGUUCAAAAUUACAGUGAUUGAAAAAAAAAAAAGUAAUUUUAAAUUUGAGUAUUGGUGAUGAUGAUUCUUUCUAUUUGAUUACGUUUGCUGGAAGAAGAAAACGGUGAGAUGUUUUUUUUUUUUUUCUUUGAGCUGUGGUUGUUUUUUUUGAUGUGCUGUAUGAUUUCAUCUAUCAUCAAAAAAAGGAAAGAUUGAAUCUUUUUUUCUGCCCUUUAUUGACAUAUUUUUAUUCGGCUCCAGGACAAAGUCAUUCCUUCUCUGGACGUUAUUUUCGCUUUUGAUUUAUUGUUUUUGAGGAACUUAUAAAUCGA